AUGAUAAGAAACGCUUCGGGCCACAUUGUUAAAUUGGACGGAUCAGCGACCGAAAUGCUUAAAUGGCUGUCGCAAUUCUACAAUUUCACUUACUCCGCGUUUCAAACCAACACCACUGUUAUAGAGUCGAAACCAAACCAACCGGGGCUUAUAAGCCAUCUACUUCAGGGGGAUAUAGAUAUUCUCAUCUCCAUUGCGGUAACCCGAUCGCGUAUGCCUUUCCUAGAUUUUUCUCAUCCAGCGUUGUACAUUCCAAUUUCCUAUUUGAUUCCCGUUCCGGAUUCCUUCGUUAAAGUCGAAGCUGUCGUGAAACCAUUCCAACCAGAGGUGUGGCUAGCUUUGACAUUGGCAAUUCCAUGUGUCGUCUUGGCAUUGUCGUUGCUUUACCGAAAUGCAAAUAUUUUCCCUGGUUUUAGAAAUCCUUCAAAAGUAAAUAAGAAGCCCCGCUGGGGCCACACCAGUUUUUACGUAUUGGGAACUCUGCUAAACCAAGGUGGUUACUUGUACGCAAAGUUCUCGUCGUUUUAUUGGGUUGGCGGAGCAUGGUGUAUCGUGACGUUUGUCAUUGUUAACGCAUACAACUCAACUUUGAUUUCGCACGUCACCUUACCUAACGCACCACCGCUGAUUAAAUCCAUUUACGAUCUGCGAAAUCGGCCUGAUGUUCGCUUUGUGACGGAAAGAAAUCUAAACGUUGAUGCAGUCUUAUUGUCUGCUGAUACCGGAUUUCUUAAAUUCCUCGGUGACCGAUUGCGGGAAUAUCCGCAGUCCCGUUGUAAUUCCACAAGAGAGUGCGUCGAGAUGGGCAUAACGUCGUUCUUGUACCGCGCCAUGAAAGAAGACUACGAUGCCACGGGACAGUGUAACUUGCAGCUGAAAAGUGGCAAUUAUUUUUUCUUACAGGUACCGUGGGCAUUCCCGAAACAAAGCCAACACAUGAAAUACUUCAAUCGGGGGAUUAUGCAAAUGCGCGAAGCGGGACUGGUAGAUUUUUGGAUCCGAAGAUAUCAAGCGGAUGCCCGAAAAUGCCUGCUCAAGCAGCAUACGCCCAGGAUGAAGAAGCAAACAGACAAGCAAUUGGGACUAGAUAACCUGAUUGAUUCUCAAAGCAACCGACUGCUGAUAAGUGAUUCGAUGAAAGCGAAAAUAUCGUUUAGUGGAUCACUAGAUCAGCAAUAA